AUGGAUGGGGAUGAGGAAGAGGAGUCUGACGGGGAGAUGGAACCAGAGUACUCUGGUUUAGAACAGCCUCCUCUCACACGCAUGCUAAAGAACAUUCUGUCGGAGUAUCCUGAUGACGGUCAAAUACUCAAGGAGUUGAUACAGAAUGCAGAAGAUGCUGGUGCAUCAGAAGUGAAGAUACUAUUUGAUAGCAGAAAUGUUAACCAAGAACCUUACAGUGAGAAGAAAAAACCUUUCAACAAAUACUUCAAGGGCCAAGCUUUAUUCUUUCACAAUAAUGCCGUAUUCUCUGAUUGUGAUUGGCGAGGUAUCAAAAUGCUGUACAGCAGCGUGAAGGAGUUGGACCCAUUGAAGGUUGGAAGAUUUGGACUUGGCUUCAAAUCUGUUUUUCAUAUAACAGAUUACCCAAUGAUUGUGUCUGGGAAGAAGCUACUUGUUAUAAAUCCUUACACAACCAACCCUGACAAGGUUUGCACAAGCUUCCACUUGGAGAAAUUGACAAAAUACAAAGGAAUGGAUAUGAAAGCCCUUACAGAUGCAUUUGAGGGUAUUUUUGGGUUUGGGGAGGAGACCCUGAGAGGUGGUGAGUACAGAGGUACCCUGUUCAGGUUUCCUCUGCGACAGAAGGGCACAGAAUUAUCCGGGAAUAUUUAUAACGAGGAGAAAAUUGAAACAUUGUUUGAUUCCUUUACAACAGAGGCACCAAUGACACUCCUGUUUCUGAAAAAUCUUGAAGAAAUGUCCUUAUACAGACAGAACCAUGGAAACCAGCCUAGUUACAGAGUUAGAAUCCAAGGACAAGGAUCAGAACUGGUACUGGAGAAGAGGCGGAAAUUCAGCAAGGAUCUACAGAUUUAUACCAAAGGUAGCAUGUCAAAUGAUUUGAUAUGCAGCCUCCAUGUGACCACAAGAGUGGAGACACGUGAUCGGAACAGUUUGACAAGGCUUGAAGACAAAUCAUGGUUCAUUGUCAAUGCAGUUCUAGGAUAUAGCAACAUGUCCUCACAAUUUUGUAAACUUUCCCAAGAUAAAGAACUAUCGUACAGUCCCUAUGUUGGAAUUGCAAUUCCAUAUGAGAACAUCGAAGAUUUCAAAGGACAUGUCUUUUGCUUCCUUCCUCUUCCAUUGGAGGCAUGCAGCCUGACUGGACUCCCUGUUCAUGUGAAUGGAUUCUUUGCUUUGAGUCAGAAUAGGCGCCAUGUGAAGUGGCCAUCUGCUGAUUUGCGACAAUCUGCCAUCAAUGCUGAUAAAUCCCUCCAGUGGAACCAGGUCCUCGUGAAAGAGGCCCUAUCCCACAUCUACCUGACUACGGUACGACAGCUGAUCACAAGAUGUACAGAAGAAAACAACCCUGUUGAUCUAGUCAAAGUUGUGUACCGAUCUAUCCCAUGUCUGGAUGCUGUGGAUGUGAAAUGGUGCAUUGUCUUGGAGCCAUUAGUGAAGGGACUUCUGCAGAUGCCUUUCCUGUACACCAAAAACCAAGGAGGACAGUGGAUCCAGCAUAGUAAUGCAGUGUUUGAAUGUCCUGAUAACAACAGCAAUGCUGGAGUGAGGGAUACACUUCGACAAAUCAUGAUGCAGUAUAAACAAAACCUCACGAUUGUCCCUCCGCAUGUCAAAGCAUUAUUGGAACAAAACACAAGUAUGACUAUGCUGACUCCAGCCUUCUUAGCAAACCUCCUCAAACAGAACAACUGGUACGAAAACUGUAGCUCCGAACAAAAACUCCACCUGCUGCAAUAUCUGAUGUCAGUGAAACAGUAUAACCUUCUGAACAAUUUGAAACUAUUGCCUUUAGAAAAUGGGGAGUUUGCUGCAUUUCAGAGCAAUGGCUGUGUGUAUAUGUGCAAAGAAACAACAGGAAGGUUGAUCCCAGGCUGUGAGGACCAGAUUGUGAAAUUAAAUCUUCCUGACAUUGUCAAAGACUUACAACAGAUUAGCAGUGAAGGUACCUUUCAGGUCAAAAACUUGGAUUGCGAUGGCUUUGUAAGACUUCUCCAGUUGUGUAUUGAUCGUAACCUGGAGGACAGAGGUCAGUUUAAAGUUUGGGAUACUAAGAGGUCUUCACUUCCUGGAGACUGGUUAGAGAGUGUCUGGUCCAAGCUUGCUGAAUGCAGGACUUUGGACUGCUUCCAAGACUUGCAUCUGGUGCCAGAGAUAGCUGGAGAUCAUUACAUUCUUCAUAGACUCUCAAGCUUGCUGAUUGUGAAGUCACAUAAGUCCUACAACCUACCAGAUGAUCUGUGUAGAUCUAUGAACCGGUUUUCAGUCAAAGUAUUAUCAGUGUUACCUCCCUAUGUGGCAAAACAUCCAGAUAUCACUAAGUACAUACACAAUCCUUCAGCAUCUAGCUUUCUGGGCUUGCUUGAUCAUCUGUACAAUAAUAACAAAGAUUACUUGCAAAGUUUUAACAAUGAGGCUAGCAAAGCUGAAAGAAUUUCAUGGAGAAAAUAUUUAGAGCAUUUUGAUAUUGGAAAAGUUGGAGUGAAAUUACUGAAGAGAAUGAAUAUUUUUGAAGAACACCAAAGUAGUAGCUACACUUCUGUCAAUCAAGUGAAUAUGCUGGCCCCAAAACUCCGAAAUACCUUUCCUGUCAAAUAUCCUCGCCGUCUGCUUUCCUCAUCAGCUGUCUGCCAAUGCAAGUUAGCCGAAAAACUAGGGGUCACAGAACUUACUCAAGAAGCUGUUAUAGAGGAAAUAUUGUCAGUUGAAUGGAAUUCCUACUGUGAUUCAGACAAGAAAAAGCUGAUGUUGCAUUUUGUUAUAAAUAUUCAUCAAUUCAAAAGCAAUCUUGCUUUGAUGAGUUUGGCAAGAGAAACUAAGUUUGUACCUACUUCCAAAGGAGAUUUACAAAAACCAUCACAGCUUUACAACCCCACAAUACCUCACCUGGGGGAGUUGGUAGGGGAUAAUUCCAUGUUUCCAGCACAACCGUUUUCAUCCCCAAACAUCCUGACUGGAUUACGUGAUUUGGGUUUGGAAUCAUCGAAACCAUCAGAUGAUCUCAUCAUUUCCUGUAUCAAGGACUUGGACAGAAAAGUACAACAGGGUCAAAUAUCAAACUUGAAACAAGCAGAGGCAGUGAAUUACUUUCUUUCUCAACGGAAUGAACUACUUCAUUCAAAUUCUCUGAUGGACAAGAAAUUUCUUGCACCGCUGAAGAAAACAACUAUUUAUCCCACUGUCUUACCAUGGUACUGCAGUAGUUACAGACUCUGCACACCAAGAGAAUGUCUCAUAGCAACCACUCAGAAUCAACGAAUAGCUGGGUCUGUCAUCCCACUCGUUUCAGAAGAAACCUACGGAUAUAUGCAGAAUUAUUUCCUGUUGCAUGAACCAGAGGUUGAGGAUGUGUUACAACACCUGUUAAACAUCAAACAAAACUACAAGGUUAAUAACAAGCCCGACCUGUUGCCAUGUAUUAAUGAGGUUUAUCACUUUCUGGCAAGACAACAUUGCAGCUUUGAUGAGAUACAAACUUUCUUUUCAACUGAGUCUUUGGUUUGGACAGGGGAAACAUUUGUUGAAGUAGGUGGUGUUUACACUACACGAGGGCCGGAUGACAUCCCGUUAGAGCCUUACAUGUACUGUCUACCACCAGAGUUUCAAUCUAUCAAAAGCUUGUUUGAGAAGAUUGGUUGUCAUGAAAAACAAACAGUGGAUGUUCUUGAUAUUGUACAGAAUAAAAUCAAAGCUAAACAUGAUCAAUCAGUUUAUUCAAGGAAUGAUGUUGAAAAGGACUUGAACAUUACUGUGCAAAUACUGACUCGAUUCAAACAGGAUCCAGAGUCUGUGUCAUAUCUUGAUGUUCUGUUUCCAGUACACACAGGCUCUAACACAAGUUUGAAAUUGAUGUCCGCUUCUGAGUGUAGAUAUAGUAAUGAAGAGUGGUUGAAGACAAUUGCAGAAGAGGAAGAAGAGACCAUUUACUAUGUCCAUGCUAACAUUCCAUUACACACUGCCAAAGUCCUGGGUGUUCGCUCACUGACAGAGGGCCUGAUGACCGAUACAGAAGCAAUAGAGCCUUGUGGUCAGCAUGAAGACCUCACAGGGAGGAUCAAAGGGUUGUUGGAUGGUUACACAGAUGGUCUAUCAGUUCCAAAGGAGAUUGUUCAAAAUGCUGAUGAUGCUGCUGCCACAAAGGUUUGUUUCCUGUAUGACGAGCGUGAAAAUAGGGAUUUUAGAACACGACUGAUAGACCAAAAUAUGGCUGGAUUCCAAGGUCCAGCUCUGUGGGCAUAUAACGAUGCACGUUUUUCUGAGGCAGAUUUACGUAACAUUACUAAACUUGGAGGAGCAACAAAACAGGAGGAUGACACCAAAAUUGGGAAAUUUGGAUUAGGGUUUUGCUCUGUGUACAAUUUGACUGAUGUCCCAAGUUUCAUAACGGGAAGUGACCUUGUCAUUUUCGAUCCACAUGUCAGAAAUUUAGGAAAUGCUGUGAAAGGAAAGGAACCAGGGAUCAAGAUAAAUUUGAAAAGUAUGCAGAAUCAGAUACUUGUGAGAAGAAUGAAGAAUCAGUUUCAACCUUACAAUGGAGUGUUUGGUUGUGAUAUGGCCAUGGAUGAGGACUUCCAUGUCUAUAAUGGAACACUAUUUCGGCUUCCCUUGAGGACAAAUGAGCAGGCAGGGAAAAGUGAAAUAAAAGAUGCUGCUUAUUCCAAGUCUGAUAUGAAAGAACUUCUCCACAUGCUGAUGGAAAAUGGUGGAAAUAUGCUGUUAUUUACUCAAAACGUGACAGAGAUAGAAGUGUAUCACUUACCUGCCAAUGUUGUAGAUCCCAAGCAGAGCAUACUUAUUUACAAAGCUACAAAAAGUAUGGUGUCAUCGAAUCCUCAAAACAUACAGAUAUCUGAUACCUUUAACAUUCUGAAAGAGGUAUCAUUGCUGUAUUCACCAAUUCGACGUGGACAGAUGCAUAUACCAGCCACACAGAAGAUAAUACUCAGUGAUAUCAACAUACAGGUGGAAAAAUCUGCGAAGAGUUUCACAUCUUCUGAAGUAAUUGAAACACAAUCAUCUACUCGAUGGAUCGUCUCCUAUGCUACAGGUACUUCAGGAAGCAUGGAAAUUUCAAAGCAGGCCAAAGGUGUGUUACCACUGGCAGGUGUAGCAACUCCUGUGAAGAUGAAUGGAUGUGUUCUUAAGAUAUUGCCUUUGGAUAGUAUGCCGUUUGGACUUUACAAGACGGGACAUUAUUUCUCAUUUCUUCCACUUCCUAUAGGAACAGGACUCCCGGUACACAUCAAUACUACAUUUGCUGUAGCCCCAGAUAGACGAUCUAUCAUGUGGGGAACAGAGGACGAUAAAACUGAGCUGUUUAAACCUCGAUGGAAUCAUUCUCUAAUGACAGAUGCAAUUCCUAAUGCAUAUGUGACACUACUUGAGAGUCUGAAGAACUACACUGGAGUCAGCAAUGAAGAAUAUAUCAACAUUUGGCCUAUUGAUUCUACAAAGUCAGUUGAACUUCAAAACAUGCAGAAGGCAUUUCUCACAAAAAUUGUCAAGCAGAACCCAGUAGUGUUUAAAAGGAAUGACUUAUGGGCCGCAUUUGAUAACUGCAAGUUUAUGGAUCCAAAACUGCUUGAAUCAGAUGUAGCAGAAAUAGCUUAUAAAGCUUCAAUUCAUUUCUUGGAAGCUGACAAUUGUAACAGCAAAAAGUUGAUGAGACUGGAAAAGGUCCUUUACAAUUCCUUGUGUACAGCUGGGCUUGAAAGUACUGUCAAGACUAAGAUGUUUUCUACAGAGAAUUUCUUUGCAGAAGUUCUUUUUCCAAAAAUUCAGUCAGAGUUUUGGGAGUCAAGAGAAAGGAACAUGCUUGUUUUGUUUGCUGUAGAUAAUAUUAGUGAGACAACCAAGAAACUGCUCCAAGGAACAAAAUGCUUUCCAGCAGAACCAACAGGAGAACUAAAGUGUCCUCAUGAUCUUAUACAUCCAGACAGCAAACUCGUGGAUUUCUUUACCGUGUGUGAAGGGCGGUUUGUUCACAAGGAAAUGGUAGAAGCAGGUGUCAAGGAGAGAAAGAAAAAUCUAUCAGAUAUUGGGAUGAUAGUGGAUACAUUACCAAAGGACCUGAUUAUAGACAGAGCAAAGACUGUACAGGAAUUAUCAAAGGACUGCGGUAAAUGUGCAUUGGAAAGGUCCAUUAGCAUUGUUAAGUAUAUUCAAAGAAAUUGUAUGUCUGAUUCUUCACUUAUUGACCAACUCAAAGGCAUACCAUUCUUACCCAUACUUCAGAAACCAAAGAACUGGACUUUUCCAUGGCAAGCGGAAACUUUGUAUUUAGAAACCUGUUCAACAAGCAUAUUAUCUGAAAGGGUUGCAAAAUGUCAACAUGCUAUGAAAGUAGAUAUUCAUUUUGCAAACCCAGUUUGUCUUUAUCUAGACUCAAGACAUUGUCUUGUUGGCUCACAGGAGCUUGUUCUGGACAUGUCAUGCUACAAAUACGUUAAUGACAACACAUUCUGUCAUUUUGGAGUCAAUGGAGAAAAAUAUGAAGACAUUUCUGUUAAUGUAGUUUGCAGACAUUUGAUUGACCUGUGUGAAACCAUUGACCCUAAUAACAUUACCAGAGAUUCAAAAAGCCUACUCAAGGAAACCUGCAAUAAGACUUAUUCCUUCUUGAAUGAUAGAAUAUCAAAUGAAACUGUUUCUGAAGAAGAAAAAGAAUACAUUGAUAAAUUGAAAGAGCAUCCUGUUAUUUUGUGCCAUAACAAAUUUGUCAAACCAAAACAAACAGCACUCUGUGUUUUGAUGGAUUGUGAACCUUACUUGUAUGGAUUGCAGGGUCAUCACCUACUACUCAAAUGUAAAAAUCUGGUUGAUAUUCUCGAUAUAAAAAGCCGGUUUACUACUCAGGACAUAUUAAAUGUGAUGACGGAAAUGCAAAAUGACAAAGGAUCAGAGCACUUGUCAGAAGAAGAACUGGAGCUUUACAACAACUUCAUGAAAGUCUUAACAUCCUGUAUGGAUUAUGAGAAAAUUGACAGUUGCGAUCUGCGUGCAAUUAUGAAAAAUGAGUUUUCAACAGAACUAUGUAUUCCUGAUAUAGAUGGUAGCCUGUCAUCCAUUGAUGACCUUUGUUUAAAUGACAGUGAGAAAAUUGGAAAGAGUGGAAAAAUGAAAUUUGUCAAUGGAAAAAUUGGUCCAGAUUUUGCUCGCAAACUUGGUGUCAAAGCCAAAAUAAAACAACACUUCUUCGAUCGUAUGAGGAAAAUACCUUUUGGACAGAAAGAGGAAUUAACUACAAGAAUAAAAAAGAUUCUAGAAGGAUAUCCAUGUGAUGAAGGAAUAAUGAAAGAACUUCUCCAGAAUGCUGAUGAUGCUCAAGCCACAGAGCUUCACUUUAUUUUGGACAGUAACAACUACUCUGCUAAAAUGGUCUUUGAUGAUAAAUGGAAACCAUUACAAGGUCCUGCUCUUCUUGUUUAUAACAACAGCGAGUUUAGUGACAAGGACAUACAGGGAAUCCAAAAUCUUGGAAUAGGCAGCAAAGGAGAGGAUCCAACAACAACCGGACAGUAUGGUGUUGGUUUUAAUGCUGUUUACCAUCUAACUGAUGCACCGUCUUUUAUUACAAAGGGCCCAAACGUAGAGAAGGGUGAAACAAUGUGUAUCAUGGAUCCAUAUUGCCAGUUCUUAUCAGAUGCCACAGAAGAACGGCCUGGGAUUCAGUUAGUGGAUCUACCAGACCACAGAGAGUUGUACCCAGAUGUUUUCAAAUGCUACCAUGAAGAUAAACUUUUGCCAGACAAUGGGACAAUUUUCAGAUUUCCACUAAGAAGAGGAAAUGAAUCAAGAAAGCAUUUAGCCAAACCAUUGUCAUCUGAAAAGCUUAAAGACCUGCUGAAAACAUUUGAGAAAGAGUUACUAGAAACCUUACUUUUUGUUAAUUCAGUUAAAAAAAUCACUGUGUCGGAUAUAUCUUCUGGUGAGUGCAAAAAUGAAUAUGUGGUGGAAACUAUUAUCUCUGAAGAGGAUGAGGAAAAAAGGAACGAUUUUGGAAACCAUUUGCGAAAUGUGAGCAGGAAAUUUAGAGAUACUCAAGACCUAAUAAGCAUACAAGAUAAGAGUGUUUUUUACAAUGUUACGGUAAAAGACAGCAAUGGUGUUAAAAAUACUUGGUUAAUAGUUCAACAGAUAGGGUUCGGAAAUGGUGACAUUCCUCAAGGAGUACUGAAUGCAUACAAAGAGCAAAACCUCAGACUUUUACCAAGAGGUGGUGUAGCUUUCCUUCUGUCUUCACACAAAGAAUCAGGAAGACACUUUGUUCCCCAACAAAAAUACAGAGCAUUUUGUUUUCUGCCUCUGCCAUUAAACACUGGUCUGCCUGUCAACGUGAAUGGCCAUUUUGCUCUAGGUGGAGAAACAAGAUGUAGUUUGUGGGGUAGGGAACAAGGAACGUACAAAUGGGAAUGGAAUCAACUACUGCUAAGUAAGGUGAUUCCUUCUGCAUACGUCAUGGGUAUGGAAAGAGUAAAAGAGAUGCUUCUGACUGGUGGGAGGGAAUCUGGACUUGUCAAAAGUGCAAAACAGCUAGAUAAUUUGUUUCCAAUUUUUCAGGAGGCUAAAGAUGAAAACUGGAAGUUAUUGGCAAAGGAAGUUCUGAAUCAGAUCUAUGAUGAUCAUCAUGCGUUGUUCUACUUGCAAGAGCAGCAGCAACCACAACAACAAUAUCAGUCACAGCAACAACAUCUGACACAUCAACAACACUUGACACAUCAACAACACCACACACAACAACAAUAUCAGUCACAGCAAUUUGUGUUUGUGCCUCUAACUGAGCCUGGAGAAGAAUUUCCAGCUGUCUUUGACACCUUAAAACCCAUGGGAGGGCAGCUGAUGUCUGAUAUCAAGCUGUUAUGUCAAGUUUUGAAAGAUAUUGGACUGAGACUUCUUGAUUCUAAAACAAAAAUACUGAAAAGUAUGAAGGAUGCUGGCAUAACAGUAGCUGAACUAUCCCCGAAUGCCAUUUUAGAAUUUUUGAAAUCAUUCCAAAGGACAGAUAUCAGACAUAGAUGUAACAUUAAGAUUGAGGAUCAUGGCACAGAUAUGUCAGAUACCAGUCUACAAAAACAGGAAAAUGUUUUUAAAUUACUACUCUACUGCAAAGAGAGUGAAGAAUAUUCCUCCAAAAUUAUUGGUGUCCCCUUGUGUUUAACUAGGGAUGAGAAGCUACGGGUGUUCAAGGAAGGCAGUGAAAUAUUUUGCACUGAGAAGUUUUUAGUUUUACCCAGGUCCAGAAAUCGGUUUCUUCAUGAAUCUUUAUUGCACCUUGUUGACACACAGGAAGUACAAGAAAGAAUAUUCAAGCCUUUUGAUAUCCAUUCAUUUGCUGAGUGCUUAGUUGAAAACUUGAGUCCAGAAAGGUUUAAGAAUCCUACAGAAUUGCUGGACUGGCUGCCUUCUGGUACUGACCUUCCCAAUUCAUGCUGGAUCUGUAAGGUGUUGGAGUUUGUGGUACAACAGGAGAAGACAUAUAAAGAAAACAAUGGCUGUGAAGCUGUUUGGACUCUCCCACCAGGAUUAACACCUGUCGCUCCUUGGAAUCUACUACCAUGUACACUUAAGGUUAAGACAAAUAUCUCUGUAUCAACUAGGAAAGUAUUAGCAUCAAUGUCAGUUUUCGAAAAAGUGUUGAACUUGGAAUCGUUUACAGGUGAUUUGAAGGAAGUAAUGGGAGAGCUUGCACUUCCUGUUCUAGAUACAGAUGUAUUACAAAGCAUAGUUCUUGACUUUUUGAUACCACACAUGAAAAAGCCAGCAAUGGUGUUGAACUGUUUGUACCAACACUGUAAAGAGUCAGGAUUUCGAAAUCUUCCAACAAGAAAAGCUAAUGCUAUUUUGGAGUAUUUUGAGAAUGAUAUCAAGGAAGUUGAAAAGCUUCCAGAAUGGACAAGGAAACUGAAGUCACUUCCACUGCAUUUGACUGCCCAUGGAAAACUUGUGUCACUUGAGAUGGAACAAAAUGUCCUUGUGCUUCCACAUGAUAUACCAGGUGAAGGAAUAACAGAAUGGGGUCGGAAUUCCAAUACGCUGCUUUUAAAACAGAAUGAGAAGCUUGAAAAAAUGUAUAAUGCCUUUCAGUACACAGUAAGCAGCAUAUGUGAUGUUUAUUCAAAGAAUAUAUUAGCCAACAUGGAUUAUCUUCCGAAGUCCUGCAUUCCUAUCCACUUAAGAUACAUACAAAAUCAUCUUCUUUCAUUUGAUGGCAAAUAUAAUACUGAUCAGCAAAAUCUGAUUGCUACUUUGAAGACAUUGAGAGUUUUUGACACAAAAAAUGGAGGAUCCAAAUGUGCAUCUGAAUUAUAUAGUCCUCAUAUUGAACUCUUUACGGUUAUGUCCAGUCACUUGGAAUUUCCAAUGGCACCAUAUGAUGAAUGGGAAUGGAAAUCCUUUAUGGAACUCAUCGGCAUGGUAAACAAAGCAACGAACCAGUUGAUAAUCCAGUUUGCUGAUCAGAUAGAAGCAGAGGGAAGACAUACAGUUACACAGGAGGUGUGUAAAAAAUCCAAUACUUUACUUACAUACAUCUGGGACAUCAAAGAGUUAGAGAGUAUUGGCUUGCUAUCCAGCAUUCGGUCUAAAAAGUUUAUUCUGCCAUCAAUGAUAUCUUAUACAAACAAAAAAAUUUAUCCGCAGUAUGAAUCUGGGAAAUUGAUGGCAUUUGAAGGUGCUGUUCCUGAAAAGUACAGUAAAUAUGUUUGGAGUACUUGCCACAUCCUGCCAAGAAUUGCCAACCCAUUCAUUGGAUUUAAUAUGAAGAAAUCAGAUGCAGUAGCUAAACAGCUUCAGGUAUGUUUGAAGGAACCGCCACUGGAGAAGGUUAUUCAACACACUCAAAAUAUUUGUGAUGCAUUGAAAGAACAGUGUGAAAGUAAUGCCUGGCAAAAGGAGGAUGAAGAUCUGAAAAGCCUCAUGUCAGACAUCUAUAAAUAUCUGUGGCAAAAUGGAGCAAAGCAGGACAUUCUUUCUGAGCGCCUUAGGCAGAAACCUCUAGUGUAUUUACCAUCAGAGAACAAAUUUGUGAGAUGUGGAACCCUCAUUAUCCAUUUGGAAGAGAUGGGAGAAAUCAAGCCAUAUCUUUACCAAGCGCCGAUGGUAUUCGGUGGAAACUUUGAGUUAUUUAGAAUGCUUGGUACAGAAGAUAGACCCACAUGUGCAACUUAUGCAAGAGUAUUGGAGCAAAUCAAACAGGAAGUGAGAGACGAAGAACUUAAUGCAAAUGAGAGAGUGUCCGUGCAGAAAGCUCUAAAUGGACUGUUUUUACAAAUGGAGAAAAGUGCUGACGAGUGUUUGCAGGUGCCUGUGCUGUAUUUUCCAACAGAAGAUAACAAAGUGGUGGAUUCAACAAAAAUGAUAUACCCAAACAACAGAGUGUUUUACGAUGCGAUCGGAAAGGAAGCAGGAUUGCCUUACUUCAUAGGUUUUAAAGCAUUGAAACUGCGUUAUUCAGAAUAUGAUAUAGAAAGGUUGCCAGACAAAUACAGACCACAAAUUUUGACUAAGAUUGUUAAAAAAAGGGUAGAUACAACAGAUCUUGAAGUUAUACCCGGGCAUCACACAAAACUGUUGCAAGAGUUCAUUCAAAGCCCAGAAUUUGUUGAGGGACUCCUUCGAAUCUCACGUCAUGAUUCACAUAGUAAAGGAAUUAGUGGUACAGUAAUGUAUCAAAGAAAUGAAGAAGUCUCAGAAAGCAAAGUGGUGUCUGAUCUACAAAAAAUCAGAGUGGUUCAAGUUAAAAAACUGAAAGUUGACUAUGUUUUCAAAGAGAAAAUUGUCGGAAGUAAUGAAGAUGUUUACAGCCAUAUUGAGAAGGAAGAAAAUGGUCAGCAGGGACAUGUCUGGAACCUCUUCACAAAAAUUCCAGAAGGAGUGGAUAUAAAGGAUUGGAUUCUAGAAAUUGGAGAGGUUUUUGUAAAACUAAUUAAAAAAUCCACAAGCAUUGAUUGUUUCAGUCAUAAAACUCUGAUGCUGAAAAUUCUUAUGGCAAUGGACCAACCACAAAAGAUUUCAACAAUUUUGGACCGAGACGAUAUUCGAGAAUAUCACAUACAUCACUCACUUUAUGAACAUUUUUUUCCAGUUUGUGGCUCUUUUGUACAUAAGAAGUGGCACCACAUGUUGGACAACACCAAAUUUACAUUUGACACUGGAGAAUAUGUUGCUGUACAGCUACAUGAUGAGGAAACAUCAGAUGAGGAGGAAAGUGACAUGUAUAUCUAUGCCAAGAUUGUGAAAUUGAAAGGUUGUGAUGUGGAAGGAGAGUUAUCACCUGAACUGACCAGAUAUGAAGUUGAUGUUGGAGAGGACAGAAUCCUUAUCAAAGUUGCAUAUGAGUUAUACAAAUUUAUUCGCAAAAAGACAAAUUCAAGAGAACUUGUCCAUGCUGUGGAUGUUUCUAAUGAUAUGUCCCCUAAGACCAAACCUCUUCAAGUGAUUUUCAAAGAGGUCAGACAGAAGUUAUUGGCUAUAUGGAAAUUACCAGAGAAGGAAAAACGACUUAUCUUCAAGAGAUACUUGAGACAGUGGCAUCCAGACAAGAAUACCGACAACCAGGAGCAAGCUACAGAGGUGUUCAAGUAUAUCAAACAUGUUUGGGACAGACUUACGAAUGGUAACCCAGUGCACAUAGAUGAUGACGUGGAUCCUUUUAACUACUCCCGCUCUGGGCCAUCACCAAACAAAGAUUUCUAUGAGAACGUCUAUAGACAGUGUUCAAGAGAACGACAAUGGUAUCAAGAGUCAUCAGGGUGGUCAUCAGGGUCAUCAGGGUCACAUGGAGGUCACCACAGGCCUUAUUAUCGUGACAAUGAUCCUGUGUCCAAUCCUGUGCAACAGAGAAAAUGUUUCAAACAGGCAGAAUUGGAUCUGAGUGCAGCUGAACAUUUUAUGGAGUCAGCAGGAGUCGUACAAGGGUACAAUUGGAUAUGUUACAUUAGCCACCAGGCUGUGGAGAAAGCACUGAAGUCAAUGCAAUAUAAGAACAAUGCCAAUAGUGUUGAGAGAGGUCAUAACAUUUAUGGUAUCGCUGCCUCGUUAGGGGAUACUUCUCUAAUGAAUGCAGCUAGUGAAAUGGAAAGUCUUCUUGGAAAUCACACACACAUGCGAUAUCCUGAUGUACAUGCUUCUGGGAAGAUUCCGUCAACAUACUUUACAAAGAGUCACGCUGAAUCAGCUCUGAGAAUAGCAAGGAGAGUCUUGGAAGAAGUGGAAACAAAGAAGUGAAAACAUGUACAACUGAAAGAAGAAGCAUUGACUUGGCAGUGAAAUGUA